AUGCCCAAGAGCUCAAAGAAACAAAAAGACAAGGCUGCCGAUUUCUCUAAAGCCAAACUAAAAUUAGGCAAGGGGAAGAAAGCACCCAGCAAUGCCGUAGACACCUCCUACAAAGCACGCUCCAUCGCACUCCCCACUCAGAGCAUAGCGCAGCCUAAAGACUCGGAAGCACCCACGACUAGGAGGAAACUCACGUUUGACGACCUCACAGCACAGUUGAAGCACUACAAUUCUGGGACGCGAAAGGACGCAAUAUUGGGAUUGCGAGAGUUGCUUGACGGACAUCCGACUUUGAUCCAUACCCAUCUCACAGCCCUCGUCAGCAACUGUACUAGACUCAUAGCGGAUGAGGAUGCAUCUGUUCGUCGCACCCUACUCUCGUUCCUUGGCUGGCUAUUGCCCCAGAUCCUCAAGCAAGUAUCUCAUCCCGUAGGCCCUGUUCAUAACCAUUAUCUUUGUAGGAAGACCUUUCCCCACUCUCCCGUGCUCCUGCUGUUUACUACCUCCGCGCAGACCCACAUAUUCCCUGAAAUCCGAAUCGACGCCAUUCGCUUCUGGAUCUCUUCUCGAGCACAUUCCAGACAUCGUGACGAAGGCUGGGCGCAAAGUAACAGUAGCCAUGGGAGAAGAGUCCUGGAAGGCUACCUCGGUGUUCUGAAUGCAGGCACCACAUAUGGUGAAGGAGGCGAACAGGCCCAGUGCAGCGACAUCCACUGCGAGCGUCGUACUAUCCGCUUCGUCGAAGCUGGUUGUUCUGAAGUCACUGUCAUCCUUUUGAACCAUGCACUGUCGUCACCAGCCGCAUCAAAUCAUGCGGGGCCUUCGUCCUCAUCCUGCUCCAUUCCCACCUGGUUCAUGUCAUCCUCAUUUACAUCCGUGGAGGCUUUCGAGGCCUUCGACUCUGUACUCAGACCCACGCUGCAAUCUACACGAGGGCUCCCUCCGUCUGAGAGGUGGCGGGAAGAAGCGGAUAUCGACCUCAAUUUCGAGUCCUUCUACGGCGACUUCAGGCGUGCCUUCGCCCCGAUAAAUGAGGGUUGCGUGUUGCAGGACCUCAGUGACAUUGACGUAGCUGCGAGUGGUCAGUCGACCGACUCUUCCGCUCGGAUCUCUUUCGUUGCGCACGGCCCUCCAGAAACGGAACUGCAGAUGGUGCAAGUUGUAGGCGAGAUUUGUCGGUGCCUCUACGGCGCCAUAUUCCGCGAACCAUUGAACGCGACGAAGGCACACGGCACCGCUGUCGAAGACCUCAGUACCAUUUUAGGGUACUUCUCGCCCUACUUCCCUUUUGCGGUGGGUGGGUCCACACUCGCGCGGCGCGACAUCAAAGUCGAGCAGGCCUUCCAAGACCUCAAUCUCAUCUACUGCGAGCUCACCUCCUACCUCGUCCUCGCCGCCCCCAUCAUCGACUCAAAAUGCCGGCGGGCGCCCGCCAUGCGCGCCGGCAGAAAGCGCCGCGCCUCCGCCUCGGCGCAGGCACUCCAGUUGAGCGCCAGCGCGGCGGAGGACGGCACCGUCCUGCGCGUGGUCGUCGAGCACGCCAUGAAGGCCGGAUCAACGUCCGCCGUGAAGCGCUCCACCAUCGACUUCCUCGGCAGACUCGUCCUCCUCGAGCGCGAGGCGGAGUACGUCGGCGCGUGCAGGGUCGGGCGCGCCGCGGCGGACGACCAAAGGCUCGAGGAGUGGCUCCUGCACCUCGCGCAGACACUGUGGGAGCUCGGCGCAAGUAGCCUGCCCACGACGGAGACGAUCCUCCGGGUCUUCCUACGGGUUUGUCAGCGCAGAUCGCCAUUAGUGCGCGAUCAGGUUCUGCUCGCCCUCCGCUCGCGCAUGGUGCCCUAUUUCAUCGUGAGCCAUCCGACGAGGGGAAGACUGCUCGGGCCCUUCGCACGAUUGCCGUCUGCCCCGUUGCGGCGCUUGGUUCUUGACGUUGUUGCUACCAUCGAGGGGCAGGAGGCGGAUGGGCUGGAGGGCGAUGUCAGCGAGGCAGUAAGGGGCACCGAAGAGGAAUCUUACUGGGCGGCAUUGGUUUCCAGGUAG